GUUCGAGCGCUGAGCGUGGUGCCCGCAACAAAGCACCGCAAAGACGCUGAGAGCCGCCUGUCAUUCGAGACGUCACUCGCUUGAGUAACGCAAACUCCUCCUGCUGCUGCUGCUGCUGCUGCUGCUGCUGCUUCGGGACAUUAUGGUCACGUGGAUCGAGACAACGAUGACGUCACGCUCCUGACAAGACUCCAAGAGGAAAGGAGAUCGGAACGCGUGGCCCGCUAGCUAGCACGCGUGCAUCAACUUGAAAGUGCUCGACUGUGAAACCAAAGCCAUACCGAAACUUUGCUUUGGGCUUCAAGAGAGGCGACUUUUGUAGGAGCAGACGACAUCAUGACCAGCAACAGGCGUGUUGUCUGUGUUUUGUUCUGCUUCCUCGCGGCCUCUGCAGUGACAUAUGCCCGGCGUCCUCAAGCGACUUCAAGCCGUUCCGAAGGGGCGGGAAUCGCCGAACUCGUCGAAGUGCCCACGGGUGAACCGAGGAUGGUCCGGACGACGACGCUGAUUCGGCAGACUCUGCGUCAACCGUUCGGAGCGGCUCCCAGGGGUGUCCUCGUGCUCGUCACCGACAGGUCCAUGGCUCACCAGUACGAGAAUUACUUCAAGAGUACCUACCGGUCGCUCCUGGUUGGUCGUGCUUUGGACUCGCUGAGCCGCCAUUCGCUGUCCAGUAAGAACGUCACGCUGACCACCGGCGCUGCUCUGGCUCGGGCUCUGCAAAGCCGCUCGCUGGAGUUGAGCGAUCUGGCUCUGAUCGUGGCCGACGACGCGGACAUCCUCUUCACCGGCGCAGCAAUGGAUGCGGACGUCGUUGGAUCGUCGCUGUCAUCCGCAACUCCUAGCUCAUUAAAGAUAGUAGCUUUCACAAAGCCUGGUUGGACAGUGCCACAGCGAAGACAAAGGUUCUCGAUCAAUGAAUGCCUUGCCUGCGUUAUUUGUUCAGGCUUGGAUGCAGCUGCCAAGUCAUCCCUUCGCUUCCCCCAGCGUCUGGUGGACGAGAAGCUGUCGUCGUACUCGUUCCGUGAUCGUGACCUCCUCCUGCGCGCCCUGCUUCACCCAUCCAAGUCACGCCGCAUCGGUUCCAGCGUCACGUACCGGCCGCUGGACUACGUGGGACAGUUUGCACUCGAGUUUGUCAUAUUACGAGGCAUGGUGAAGAACGGCACGCUCAAGAGCAACCAGGAACUGCACGACGCCAAGACGCGGCUGCUCCGACACGAGACGCUGGCACGUGUGGCCGCUCUCAACGGCCUUGACCAGUACGUCUUCCUCGACGAAGGCCCCGAGAAGACGUCCAUGACAGAGUACGCGCACGAUGCGAGAUUACAGGUGUCCUUGCCCGCAGCGGCAGGUGAAAGAAAGAACAGCUUCCUGCACAACUUUCUCCAGUCUGUGGCUGGGGCAGUGUACAUCGACAGCGGAUAUGACGUGGACACGAUCGAGCGCAUCUUCUUGAAGUUUUUCAAGCCCCACUUCUAGCGGAUGCCAGGCUCUAUACGUCGACUGGUGCUCUGUGCACAUACUUUGACGCAGUUACACCAGAACGAAAGUGCUGAAAAUUGUUCUACUGCCACAGCACGCUGUGCAGCUGCUUGUGACAGUGUCGAAUGAUUUACUAGUGCUGCGUUAUCAGAGAAAGGAGAGCUGUCAGACAAACGCUCAGUUCUGCUUCUCUCCAACGCUAAUAAAUGAAAAUGUUUGGCUCGAGA